UCUCAACCAGGAGCAGAAACAUGGACCACAGUGCAGAGGGAGCUGCAGCCAGCGCCGAAGUGCCCCAGGAACUGCUGGAAGAAAUGCUUUGGUAUUUUCGUGCAGAAGAUGCGGCUCCUUGGAAUUAUUCCAUCCUGGUUCUGGCAAUCGUGGUGGUGGUGAUAAGCAUGUUCCUCCUGAGAAGGAGCAUCCUGGCAAACAGAAAUCGAAAGAAGCAGUCAAAAGACAAAGAAACACCAGAAGACCUGCAUCUAGAUGAUUCCAAAAUGAAAGAGAACAUCAGCGGGGCCGCCCUAAGAGAGACACUGAUCGCAGAGAAGCCAGACUUGGCCCCGGAGGAAACUGAGUUGAAUGAGAAAGACACAUCACUCGUCUUUCUACCAGACCCACAGGAAGCUGAGAGCUAGGGAGCAUGGAGAGAACACACUGCCCCAGCCAGACACACGACUGGGAUCUGAGCUCAGCUCUGAGGCCUCAAACCCCUUAGGUU